UUACCUACCAAAACUAUCUAGGGCCCAGGCCGCGCAGUUCGCAAGUGUAUAUUUUACCGAACGCUUUGAAAUCGGCAUAAGGUGUAUUAAUUAUAUUACACCUGAAACACUAUGAUGAUGUGCGAGCUUACUACAGCAGUCUACCUGGACGUGUGGCACGGUUUUCCUGGACUUAGCGCUCAACUUAGCAUUCAAGGCUCAAUUACCUGUGGCUGAACUUUAUGUUGAAUGUUUAAACUGUGUUUAACUAGCUAGCUAUUAGCAUAGUCUAUAGGAAAAACUUUAUAUAUAGCUAUGUUUACAUCAUUUAUCUUGUUCUCAAGAAUUCUAAUAGAAAAUUUACUAGCUAUGUACCACCUGUAAAAAAAACGUAUUUAACGUAGCAUUUGUGAGGAUUUCCAUGGUCCUAUGAUUGCUACUAUGGUAUACUAUUGCCCCACUAUAACUGUGAUGGUCCUUUAGUAAGAACAUGGUCACUACAAAGACAGGACUACCAUUUUUUUCAAAGCUUAUGUUUUAUGGUCUAUGUGGUUUCUUCACAGAAGUUGUUUUUACUGCUACAUGGUUUUUUGUUGAUACUAAAUAUGAUCAUGGCUGGAAACUGCAUGGCUGUACGUCCCUAUGGUCAUUUCCAAUAUAUGGAAUAUCCAUCUAUAUUCUUGAAAGAAUAUCGCUUUUCAUCAAACCAUACUUGAUAUUACCUUUUCGUAUCCUAGUGUAUAUUGCUUGGACAUACUUAUGGGAAUUUUCCACUGGACUACUCUUGCGACAAUUAAAUGCUUGCCCGUGGAACUACAAAGAUUAUACAACAUAUCACGUUCAUGGAUUGAUCACCUUAGAUUACGCUCCAAUGUGGGUUAUUGCUGUGGUAUUGUGUGAAAAAAUAGUUAUAAAGUGUGCAUUAAAUUUGCAAUAUGUUGAAACAUAAUUUUUAUCUUCUCUAACAUUAUAAAUUCUUGCCCGUCAAGGUGAAGCUUCACGAUUCGAAUCUUAAAAAAAUGUUUACAUAACAAUAAAAUGUUAGUCCCCUGCAUAGCUGUAUUCUUACUUUUGCUGCAGUUGGUGCUAUUUACACAUUUCAGUGGUGCGUUUAUAAGAAUAGAAAAAAAUACGCUACAGUUUUAUUUAUUAAAUUUUAAUGUUUUAAAGUCUUCAUAUGUUUUUUCGAACUAAACCAUAUAAGUUACACGUACACAGUAAAAUACUCCAAGAAACUUUUUUGUACGUCAAGUAUAAAUUUUCUUAUUGUCAAAACCAUUUUGAAACAUAUGACACAGUAGGUAUAGUAUUUAAUAAAUAUCACUAACUAUUUAGAUUUAGUAUAUAGUUGUCAAACGUAAUUAUAACAAGUUUUUUGACUAUCAAACGAAAAAAGAAGAGUUGGAAAAAAACUA